GUCAUACAUGCUCUAGAUCAACGAUGCAAUCAAGCAAGAAGUCGGAGUAUUGUGGACUUUUAAAAUUCCAAGUACCUUUUGUCAAUACAUAACACAUGAACACAUAUUUCCUUGUGAGGAGUCCGAGUAAAAAUACAUACUUCAUGAUAGACCGCCUCAAAAAUGGCAGAUGGUGAUAUUUCGAAAAGUUAUAGGAAUUGGAACACUACGGACUUCAACCUGAGUAAUUCCAGCGCUUAUUCCACGAAUAGCCAGGACUAUUCAGACGCUAUUCUACCGAAAACCCGGCCGAUAUCACCGAGUGGAGUUGACUUUUCACAAAGAAGCACCGCCUCUUCAAAACCUUACACGCCCGGUUUGUUUCUUGAUCCCAAUAAAUUACAAAAAGAAGAAAAUAUUCGUCCCCAUGGAAACGGAACAGUGGGUUUUAUCAAGGACCGUGAGGAAAUAACAUUGUCCAAUUCCUAUGAGCCAUCUUUAAGAACUACGAUCGACGAUACGAAUUGUAAAUCGGAAGACGGUGAAGAUGAUGAGUCGAAAAACACGAAAGAAACGUGCCUCAAGGAGAGGGUCAAACUUUUAGUUUUCUUGUCCACCAUGGCGAUGGGAGUAAUUGCAGUGAUUGUACUGAUCUCACAGUAUAGCAAUCCGCCGCCAAAACCGCAAAGACAGGUAUUCCCAGACGAGUUCGACUGUAACUUACAAACCAGGAGCAAUCUUAGAACUGGAAAGCUGAAAUUUAACACAUCAAUAGUGAUUGCCUGUGCGUAUCCAAACGAUGUGACCAUCAACAAGUCAUCUUUGAUCAUGGAAUUCAAGCCGAAGUAUUACAUUGUUCACGCACAAGAUAAAAUAGAAAUAAACACUACUCUUCAAACAAAUAGGUCUCGUGAAGGACGAUGGGAAAUUCGAAUUUCUUCCCAGCUGAUUGAAUUUCAUGGAGAUCCCGUGAAAUGUGGUGGGGAUGGACAAUACAGCCUGAUAUUACAUACCUCAAAUAAACGUUACUCCAGUGAGGUGAACAUCGAAAUUGAGAGUGAAAAUUCGGAUGUUCAGCUAGAAGUGGGACAAGCAGAGGAUGAUGGGAAUUACAAAAUCACGUGUUCCUCUACUAGCGACUGUGCGCCUGCGCCCAUCACUUUACUGGGAACACUGGGAAAUAAAGUUGUCCCCCUCUAUGGUGUAAAUUUCACUUGUAUAAUCAGCUACAACGACUAUGAUGGGUGGUCUGUCAGCUGUGAUGGAAGUAUCCCCAAAAGUGUUGUGAGUAGCAUCGAUGAGAUCACGUGUCGCCCGAUACUUAAAGACCAAACCGAGGCUAACCAAACCGAGGCUAAAGUUUCUAAAGAUGUACUUCUCUGCAGAGAUGAUAAAGGUUGCACUUUUGUAUGCCCUCGGCAAAACCAGGACAAAUACUAUACGGACCCUCGUUUCUGUAAUAUAUUCCAUCGAUGUGUGAACGAGCGACUUUAUACGGCACCAUGUGGCAGAGGAACGUACUUCUCCAGUAAGACAUGUGUCUGUAGCCAUAUUGACGACGUCAUAAACGAUGGUAGUUGCAAUGCAAGUGGACUAAGGCUCAGGGCAGCCAACAGCAAAGUGUUGUGUGACGAUUCAAACAGUGGUUGAUAAGAACGAUUUUUAAUGUUUAAAAAUAACUAAUCCAAAAUAAAGACGGAGAACAUUUAGUGUUAGUAACUCUUUACCUUAGAGGAAUAUUUAGAGGAAUAGAGGAAUAUUUAAUGGUGAUGAAAUUGAACCAGAACGUUAUAUAAGAUACUUAGGUGCAUAUUUGGAUGAAACUCUCAAUUUUAAGAAACAUAUAAAAAGGAAACGCCGAACAGCUAUGAUCAAUUAUCUUAGGAUUAAAAGUAUUCGCAAAUAUUUGACAAAGGAAGCUACAGAAAUGUUGGUUUUAUCUUUAGUAAUUUCUCAUUUGGACUAUUGUAAUGUGAUUUUAUACGGCAUAGCACAGACUGAAAUAUGUAAAAUGCAAAGAAUCCAAAACAUGGGUGCGAAACUGGUAUUAAAUCGUAAGAAAUUUGACAGCUCUAGGGAUGCUCUCAUUGACCUACAUUGGUUACCUAUCGAUUCUAGAAUAUCAUUUAAAUUAUUGACCUUCAUGUAUAAGUGUCAUGUGGGCGAAGCGCCAUUGUAUUUAACAGAACUUUUAACGAAACAGGUACCAAAUAAAAAGUUGCGCUCCGCUCAAUCUUCUGAGAGUUGCUACAUUGUUCCUUUUAACAGACGUAAAACUUUCAGUGAUAGAAGUUUCGGAACCAUUGGUCCGAGACUGUGGAACAGUUUACCGGCUGAAAUAAGACAGUCCAAAUCUUUACACACUUUUAAAGCCAAAUUGAAAACACAUUUGUUUAGACAGUUUUAAUGUACUUGUUUUUAGUUUAGUAUAUGUAGAGUGUGUUUGCAUGUAUAUGAUAUAUUGUUUAUUCUUUAAAAGCUUUUUAUAUUAUACAUGUACAACACCAUUGAAUACUUUGUGUAAAAUUAGGCGUUAAAUCAAAUAAAAACAGUUUCAGUUUCAGUUUCA